AUGCCAGAGAAUAUUACUCUUGGAAGCACAACUGCUGCCAGACAGGUAGUGGGAUUCAACCUCAGCUUGUUGAAAGGAGGAACCAUCACACAAACAAUUGUUGGUGGUAUUAUCACUUCAUUGGUGAUUGCCUCCACCGUUGCAACCAUCAUUUUGGUCUCUGUAGGUGUCGGUUACUCUCCACCAGAACCAAAGAAUGAUGUGGCCACUACUUUCAAACGUGUUCCAGUGACCUUAGACGUUUUGUUGAACGAUGUGGAUCCACGUGGAGGUAAUUUGACAUUGACCAACAUUGUCGUGAAUCCACGUUUUGGUAUUGCCAAGAUUAUUUCCAAAUCCAAGAUUAUGUAUCAAUCAGUGGGAGCUUUCACUGGAAAUGACACCUUCUCCUAUGAAGUCUCAAACUCUUUCAUGACUGCCAACGCCACGGUCACGAUUCAAGUACUCAAUAGAGCUCCUGAAGCCAUUCCAAUUGUGAAGACUGUCCCAAAGAAUGCCAACCGUUUCGUCAUUGACAUUUUCUCAUACGUUGGAGACAAUGGUGAGCGUAUUUCUGAUGUCGACAAUGAUGCUCUCUAUGUUGAUGGCUUCAAUGGUAAUCACAUUGUUGGUGGCAAUGACACUAAUUUGGGUAUUGUUGAGAAAGAUACAUGGACUGGUUUCUAUUACACACCAAAGAAGGAUUUCAAUGGUGUUGAACAAUUCAACUAUGUCAUUUCUGAUGGUAAUGAUACUUCAACAAGUACCAUUACUGUCUCCAUUCAAAACAAUGCACCAACGUGUGCUGACGAUACCUUCCAAGUUCCCAAGUAUCGUGGUGCCACCUUGGAUGUAUUGAAGAAUGAUAUUGAUAUCAAUGGUGAUGAAAUUUCCAUUACUCGUGCUCUAGGUGCUGGUUUUGGAGGUGUUUCUGUUCGUAACAACAGCAAAGUUGUGUACUAUUAUACGAGUGGUGAUCUCACUACCAAGUAUGGUGACUCUUUUGAAUAUUCCAUUACUGAUGGACAAUUAGAGAGCUCAUGUGUGGUCUUUGUUCAAGUGUACAACACUCCUCCAGAUGUUUUCACAAGAACUGUCACUGUUACCAAAUCCACAACUGACAAUUUGAUUCCAAUUCAUUACUUUGAUGUUGAUAGAAAGGAUUUAAUUACUUUGAAGAAGAUUUCUCCUGCUCUCAAUUCAUUGAAUCCAGCUGCUUCUGUCCAAUUAGCCAAGUCUUAUGAAACCUUGUUCUUUGAAUGUUGUGAUUUCAUCAAGGUUGAGAUCAACAAUUACACCAUUGUAUUUACUCCAACUCCUAAUACUGUUUACACAACCACUUUGGACAUUACCAUGACUGAUGGUGAAGCUGAAGGAACUGGUAAGCUCACGAUUAACGUUGUGAAUACUCCUCCAACUGCUGUUGAUGAUACUGCCACAUGUGGUAAGAAUCUUCAAACUUUGAUUAAUGUCAUUGAGAAUGACUUUGACACUGAUAACGGUGACACUGCUCUUCUCAAGUUGACUACUAAUGGAUGGAUUGCUGCCACUGAAAAGGGUGGUUCAGUUUCUCUCUUCAACAAUACCCAUGUCUUGUACACUGCUCCAAAAGAUUUAGUUGGUACUACUGAUGUUGCUUAUUAUCGUGUCACUGAUCAAAGUGUGGAUGGUAGUGGUCAACCAGAUCCAACUGGCUUUGCCACUGGUAAAAUUACCAUUUCUCUCAUUAAUAAUCCUCCAACUCCAGUCGAUGACGUCAUUACCAUUCCAAAGGGUAUUGCCUCUGUUUUGAAUGUUUUGGCCAACGAUGUGGAUCCUAACGAUGGUCCAAGUUCUGUGAAGAAAAUCAAAUCUGUUGGUGCUUCUGAACAAAAGAAUAUUUCUCCAUCUAUUUUGGUGAACCAAAUCAAUGGUGACACUGAUGCUGUUUCCUAUACUGCUAUCAAUGAAGAAUAUACUGAUAGCUUCUUGUAUGAUGUUACUGAUAAGGAUGGAAUGGAUUCUACCUAUAAGGCAAAGGUCACUUUGCAAGUUGUCAACACUGCUCCAGUGGCAAACAAUGAUAACUUUAAUACCAAGUGGAAUCGAUCUGUGGAUUGUGAUGUUAAGGCUAAUGACGCCGAUCAAAACGGAGACUUACCAAGAGCUACUGUGAUCAUUGUUUCUCAACCAACUCAUGGUUCUGCUGUUGUUAUGGGUGACAAGGUUCGAUACACUCCAACUAAUGGAUAUGUUGGAAGCGAUUCAUUCACUUACAAGUUGAACGACUUGAGCUCUGCAAAUGCUGAAUCCAAUGUUGCAACUGUCACUAUUCAAGUCACCAAUACUGCUCCUAUUACUCAACCAGACACAACUUCUUCUCACUGGAGAAACCCUGUUGGAGUUUUGGUUUCACCUUUGGACAAUGACAGUGAUCCAGAUGGAGAUGCUUUGGUUGUCUCUGCCGUCUCUUCCUCAUCAAGUGUUGGCACUGCAACUCUUAUUGAUUCACAAACUGUUAAAUUCGUUCCAAGCACUGCUGCUCCAAUUACUCUUGGUGCAAAGCAAUUCACAUACACUGUUUCUGACUACAAUUUACAAACUACUGGUACCGUGAAUGUCGAGAUCACUAACACCAAACCAGUUGGUCAAGAUGAUGCUUAUUCCAUGCACUGGGCUGCAGGUGCUACCUCAUUGACUGUUUUGAAGAACGAUGUAGAUGCCAAUGAUGAUUAUCUUUCUGUUGGAUCGAUUGACACCACAACUUAUGCCACUAAGGGUACUGUUGUGAACUCUGGUUCAGCAAUUCUAUACACACCACGCAAGGAUGGAGUGACUGAUAAGUUUGCUUACUAUCCAAACGACGGUGCUGAGAAUGCCCAAUCACCUGCUGUUGUUACUGUCAGUUUCACUAACAAUGAAAAACCAACUGCUGAUGAUGCUUCUCUCACUAUUCAUUGGAGAAGUUUGUCCACUCAAGGAGGCAAGCAAUUGUUUGAUGUUCUCACCAAGACUGUUGAUGCAGACGGUGACGCUAUUUCGUUGAGUGUCACUGCUUCUUCAUCAUGUGCUAAGGUUAACAAUGCUGGUAAGGACAAGGUUCAAGUUUCUGUCUCAAAUGGAGUCAUUGGUACCACCAAUUGUCCUUAUACUGUGAGUGACGGCUUGAAUCAAGCAAGUGCUACUGUUUCAGUCAUCACUACGAACAAUGUUCCAACUUGUUCGGAGAUUGUCACUACUUUCAAUCCAGCUAACUUUGACAAUGGCCAACAAUACAGUAUUGCCAGCUAUGUCUCAGAUGAGGACGCUAAUGAUAUUGCUUUCCUCGUCCCAACUGGACUUUCAGGUGCCACUGGUGGCGAUCAAUUCUAUGUUGAUCCUGUUACUAACAAUCUUGUUUUCAAGCCAACCAAGACAGUUGCUGUAAGAACUCUCUAUUAUAAGGUCACUGAUAGCGUCGGUACUUCUGCAUCAUGCAUGUUUAAGGUUUCAGUCAACUCGAUUUCUCCUUCUGACUACACCAAGAGAUAUGAUGUCCACUGGAAUGCCAAUGAUGCUGUUCUCAACAUUUUGGAUACUUUCCCAUCCUCAAAUAUUGUUUCAAUCACUCCUGGAUCCAUGACUGGAACUGCUUCAAUUUCUGGUAGAACCAUCUUGUACACUCCAAAGAGAGCUGUUGGUUUUGACACAUUUAUUGUUAAUAUUUCUGAUGGUGUCUCCAAUUAUCAAAUCACUGUUGAAGUCACUGUUUACAACAAUGCUCCAACAGCAACUGUUGCACAAUCUACCACAACAUGGAGUUCAACCACAGGAGUGACUAUUGACUUGUUAGCAAACUAUGCUGAUUCUGAUUACACUGCUGGAAGAGAAUCAUUGGGUACUGUCACGUCACUCAUCACAACUGGUACCUCAGGAAGUGUCACCUUACAAACUUCCAGAUAUGCCAAAUAUCUUCCACAAGGUACAUUCACUGGUUAUGAUCAAUUUAAGGCAGUUAUAUCUGAUGGUCUUGCAACUGUUACCGUUACUGCAACUGUUUUGGUCACUAACACACCACCAACAACAGUUCCAAAGUCUGUCUCCAUCAAAUGGUCUCAACACAAGGCAGGUUAUGCCAUCAAUGUAUUGAAUGUGAAUGGAGCUACUGAUAGUGAUGCUGAAAACAAUCCAUUGACUGCUACUGUCACUGGAGGAGUUUCUCCAUCGAGUGCCGGUACUGUCCAACUCACAACUUCUCCAACUGCCACUGUUAGAUCUGGUGCUAGUGUCUUUUUGGGAACUUUCUCCUUCUCUUAUUCUGCUUCUGAUAGCAUUGCUUCAACUCCAGGAAGUGUUUCCGUUACUGUCACCAAUACUUUACCAACACCAUCUCCACAGAGUAUUGACUUGCAUUGGAGAUCCAAGAAUGUUCCUCUCGAUCCAGUAGUGAGCUAUGCACCCACUCGUCAAGAUGCUGAUGGUGAUAGUUUAACCAUUACAGCUGCUUCUGCUCAAAAGGGUACUGCAACUGCUAACACCAAUACGAUUACUUACAGUGCUCCUGCUUCUCUUGGUUUGGAUGUCGUCUCAUAUACUCUUACGGACGGUGCUCAAUCCGUGUCCAAUGCCAAUACUGUGGUUAAUGUGAAUGUUGUGAACACCAAUCCAACUGCUGCUGCAUUGACUGCUUCUGGUAAAUGGUCUGCAGCAAUCACCAAAGAUUUAACAGGUGCUUGUACCGAUAGCGAUUCGUUGGAUACUACCUUUGUGAAAUUCAGUGGAGCUGUUUCCAAUGCAGUCGGUGGUACGACCGCUGUUUCUGGAAAUGUGGCUUCCUUCACUUCCACUCUUGCUGCAUCAUCCUAUUCAUUGUCAGGAAACGUUUACUCUGGAACUGGUGGUUACAAGUAUACUUGUACUGAUGGUUUGGGUACUUCACAAGGAACUGUCACAGUUACGGUCACUAACAAUGCUCCAACUGGUACUGGUGGUUCCGUUACGGUUCCAAGAGAUUACACAAAGACCACCUAUGACUUUACAUGGGCUCAAAUGGGUACAUUUAGCGAUGCUGACGGUGACUCUGUGUCUGUCAUUAAGGUUGCUACUUCUGCCUCUGGUGUCACUGUCUCUACUACUGCCAGUGGUAUUCGAUUGACCACUACCUCACCAACAGUUGUUGGAGCUAAGGCAAUUACUUUCAAAUUAUUCGACGGUCUCCAUGAAAGUGUGAACACAUUGACAUUUACUGUGACUUUCACCAAUGCUGCUCCAACUUGUUCAGCUGCUUCAUUCAAUGUCAACAAGGGAACAUCCACUGAUGUUUUACCAACUUUGAGAACUCUCAUUGCUGAUGCCAACAAUGACGCACUCAGUGUCUCUUUGACAGGAACUUUCCCAUCUUCAUUGGGUUCAUUCAGUGGUACUGUUUUCACAAGCGCCACCUCAAACAGUGGUUCUUCAUCUGCAGUGAGUUAUAUUGUCUCCGAUACACAACUCUCAAACACUUGUGGAAUUACCAUUACUGUUUCUAAUAGAGCACCAACUGCUCCUGACACUAGCUACUCUUUCACUGCAGUUAGCAACAAUUAUGUUCACACUGCCACUUACAAUUUGGCUUCUGAUCCAGACGCAGAUGCAGUGUCCUAUUCUUUGGUUUCAAAUGAUUGUAGUACCAUUGCCACUUCAGUGACUGUUUCUUCUGCUGGACUUGUUACAUUCACAAGAAAGAGCUCAGUGAUUGUUGGUUCUUGCAGUUUGGUCAUUAGAGCCACUGACAAUGAUGCCUCAAAUCCACUCUCUGAUACUGCCAAUGUUCAAAUUGUGUUACAAGCAGCUCCUCCAGCAGCCAGAGACGAUAGAUUCUCGAUCAACCAAGGUCAAACUAUCAGAAUCUUUGUUUCUCAAAUGUUUACUAACGAUAACGACGAAUUUGGUCAAACCACUGGUCUCUCAUUUGUGAGUACAUCAUGUCCUGACGCUUCCUACUGUCACAAGACUCCAAGAGUUGUCAAUGUUAAUGGACAAACAGCUAUUGAACUCGACAGUGAUUCCAACACAUGUCAAGCUGACAAGUUCAGAUACACAGCUGUCACAUCCUUCGGAACUCAAGUAUCUGCCAACGUUUUUGUUGAAUUCAAGAAUUGUUAUUGUCAAGCUAAAAUUGAUUUCGUCUUUUUAUUGGACUCUUCUGGUUCCAUUGGUACUUCUAACUUCAACUCGAUGAGAGAUUUCUGUAAGAGAAUUACUGGUAGAUUUAAGAUUGGACCAGAUGCUGUACAAGUUGGUAUUGCCAGAUUCCACACCACUGGUGUCCAUACAUUGGCCCUUUCUACGGAUGGUACUUUGAUUAACAAUACUUUGACGAACAUGUAUUACGAUGCUGGUAAUACUGCAACCAUUCCAGGUUUGAGAGUUGCCCUUAACAUUGCUGCUGCUGGUCGUGCCGAUGCUGAUAAGGUCAUUUACAUUUUAACCGAUGGUUUGGCCAACGAACCAUGCUCAUGCUUAGAAUGCGAAGCAGAAUGGGCCAUCAAACCAAGUGUUUACAAGUAUACAGUGCAACAACAAAUUAUUGAUAACACUGCUCUCACAUCCACUCAAAAGAAGACAGCUUAUCAAAACAUGUGCAAGUACCAAUUCUCUGACACCAGUUACGCAUUCUCUGGAAAGACAUGUUCUUAUUGUGCUUGGACCACCUCUUCCUAUUGCUUACCAUGUGCUGAUGCAGUUCCUAUUGCCAAAAAGAUUAAUUCAUGGAAGCGUAAUUCUCAAGGAAUUGUUCCAAAUGAUCUCGAUAACCCAUUCAACGGAAACAACAGAGUUUCAUGGAAGAUUGUUGCAAUGGCUGUUGGUAAUGCCAUGGCCAACAAUAUUGGUGCUAGACAAAUUCAAGGAAUGAACUAUGAUCCAUCUCGUGCCAUGACUGUUUCUUGGAAUGAUUUGCAAUCGGUCAUGACAGAAAUUGUCGAUCAGUCAUGUAACACCAACGACGUGCAAAUAGCUCAAUAA